AUGAAAGAAAAAGAAGAAAAAAAGAAGAAAAGAUACUUUGGUAUACUUCGUAAGACAAGAAAACGUUACAGAAGAGCUUAUCAAGUACGUGGUGCAUCCAUAGAACAACAGAUUGUUCACCAUGCGGACCAGGCACAUGGUCCACAUGAAUAUACCUUAGUAAAGGAACGCAAACCUCGUUCUACGCCUAAAAAAAGGAGGAAAAAACGUGCUGUUCGUCGCCGUGCUGGUGUUGGUUGCCGCAUGAUUAUUGAUAUUCAUUUAGAAGUCUUAAAAGAAUGUCAAAAAGGGGAUCUGCAUUCGACGAAGGAAGACUUUUUUGAGAUUUUGGUUCAAGAAUUCAUGGGAAGUGAGCUCAUUAAAGAAGAAAAUGUUCCUAAGGAGCAGAUUCCAAGUUUAAAUUCCGGGUUUAGGGAGGAAGACUUUCUUCCGAAGGAAGGCUUCGUUUCUAAGGAACAGGUUCCAAGUUCAGAUUCGGGGUUUAGGUUUGAUGUUCCUAAGGAACAGGUUCCAAGUUCAGAUUCCGGGUUUACGGUGUAA